GAAGCGGAAGCGGAAGCGGGGCGGUUCCGGGGCCGACGUGGAGGCUCGCGGCUGAGGGGCGAGUCCGGGCGGCGGGUCGGAGCCGGCGGCGCGAUGCUGACUAAGUUCGAGACCAAGUCGGCCCGGGUGAAAGGGCUCAGCUUUCACCCGAAGCGACCCUGGAUCCUAACGAGUUUGCACAAUGGAGUGAUCCAACUGUGGGAUUACCGGAUGUGCACCCUUAUUGACAAAUUUGAUGAGCAUGAUGGACCGGUCCGAGGUAUUGAUUUCCACAAACAGCAGCCACUCUUUGUCUCUGGAGGUGAUGACUACAAAAUAAAGGUCUGGAAUUACAAGCUGCGCCGCUGUCUUUUCACGCUACUCGGGCACCUGGAUUACAUUCGCACCACCUUCUUCCACCAUGAAUACCCCUGGAUCCUGAGUGCUUCUGAUGAUCAGACGAUCCGGGUUUGGAACUGGCAGUCCAGAACCUGUGUUUGCGUGCUGACAGGACACAACCACUAUGUGAUGUGCUCCCAGUUCCAUCCCUCUGAGGACCUGGUGGUGUCUGCCAGCUUGGAUCAGACUGUGCGCGUUUGGGAUAUUUCUGGCCUAAGGAAGAAGAAUCUGUCUCCUGGAGCUGUGGAGUCGGAUGUCAGGGGAAUUACUGGGGUGGAUUUGUUCGGGACGACAGAUGCGGUGGUGAAACAUGUUCUUGAGGGACACGAUCGUGGGGUGAACUGGGCUGCCUUCCACCCCACAAUGCCUCUCAUUGUGUCUGGUGCUGAUGAUCGGCAGGUGAAGAUCUGGAGGAUGAAUGAAUCAAAGGCCUGGGAGGUUGACACCUGCCGUGGACACUACAACAAUGUCUCCUGUGCCGUCUUUCACCCACGGCAGGAGCUGAUCCUCAGCAAUUCAGAAGAUAAGAGCAUCCGUGUCUGGGAUAUGUCUAAACGCACGGGCGUCCAGACCUUCCGCCGAGAUCAUGAUCGCUUUUGGGUGUUGGCUGCUCACCCCAAUCUCAAUCUCUUUGCUGCAGGCCAUGAUGGUGGCAUGAUCGUAUUCAAGCUGGAGCGUGAGCGGCCUGCCUAUGCGGUGCACGGGAACAUGCUGUAUUACGUGAAGGACCGUUUCCUGCGCCAGCUUGACUUCAACAGCUCCAAAGAUGUUGCUGUCAUGCAGCUGAGAAGUGGUUCCAAGUUCCCAGUGUUCAACAUGUCGUACAACCCAGCUGAGAAUGCUGUCCUGCUCUGCACGAGAGCCAGUAACCUGGAGAACAGCACCUAUGACCUGUACACCAUCCCAAAGGAUGCAGAUUCCCAGAACCCUGAUGCCCCGGAAGGGAAGCGUUCCUCUGGGCUGACAGCUGUGUGGGUAGCUCGCAACCGCUUUGCAGUCCUGGAUCGCAUGCAUUCGAUCUUAAUCAAGAACCUGAAGAAUGAGAUUACCAAGAAAGUGCAGGUCCCGAACUGUGAUGAGAUUUUCUAUGCUGGCACUGGGAACCUGUUACUGAGGGAUGCAGACUCGAUCACCCUCUUUGAUGUGCAACAGAAACGAACCCAGGCUUCCGUGAAGAUCUCCAAAGUGAAGUAUGUCAUCUGGUCAGCUGACAUGUCCCAUGUGGCUCUGCUGGCUAAGCAUGCCAUCAUGAUCUGCAACCGGAAGCUAGAGUCCCUGUGUAACAUCCAUGAGAAUAUCCGUGUCAAGAGUGGCGCCUGGGAUGAGAGCGGUGUCUUCAUCUACACCACCAGCAACCACAUCAAAUACGCUGUCACCACAGGGGAUCACGGAAUCAUCCGCACUCUGGACCUGCCUAUCUAUGUCACCCGUGUGAAGGGGAACAACGUGUACUGUCUAGACAGGGAAUGCCGACCUAGGGUCCUCACCAUCGACCCCACGGAGUUCAAGUUCAAGCUGGCGCUGAUCAAUAGGAAGUAUGAUGAGGUGUUGCACAUGGUGAGGAACGCCAAGCUGGUGGGCCAGUCCAUCAUCGCCUACCUGCAGAAGAAGGGCUACCCCGAGGUGGCACUGCAUUUCGUAAAGGACGAGAAGACCCGGUUCAGCCUGGCACUGGAGUGCGGCAAUAUUGAGAUCGCUCUGGAGGCAGCCAAGGCUCUGGAUGACAAGAAUUGCUGGGAGAAGCUGGGGGAGGUGGCCUUGCUGCAGGGAAACCAUCAGAUUGUGGAGAUGUGCUACCAGCGCACCAAGAACUUCGACAGGCUCUCCUUCCUGUACCUCAUCACAGGCAACCUGGAGAAGCUCCGCAAGAUGAUGAAGAUAGCUGAGAUCCGUAAAGACAUGAGUGGCCACUAUCAGAAUGCCCUGUACCUCGGAGAUGUAGCAGAGAGGGUGAGGAUCCUGAAGAACUGCGGACAGAAGUCCCUGGCCUAUCUCACCGCUGCAACCCAUGGCUUGGAUGAAGAAGCCGAGAGUCUGAAGGAGACGUUUGACCCAGAAAAGGAAACGAUUCCAGACAUUGACCCCAAUGCAAAGCUGCUCCAGCCCCCUGCUGCAAUCAUGCCUCUGGACACUAACUGGCCAUUGCUCACUGUCUCCAAGGGAUUCUUUGAAGGAACAAUUGCUAGCAAAGGCAAAGGAGGGGCGUUGGCUGCUGAUAUUGAUAUCGACACGGUUGGCACCGAAGGCUGGGGAGAGGAUGCUGAGCUGCAGCUGGAUGAAGAUGGCUUUGUGGAUGCCGGGGAAGGCUUUGGGGACGAAGCCCUUGGUAAAGGACAGGAGGAAGGAAGCGGAUGGGAAGUUGAAGAGGAUUUGGACCUUCCCCCUGAACUGGAUGUCCCUGCUGGCCUGGCAGGAGGAGCCGAGGAUGGAUUCUUUGUGCCACCCACCAAGGGCACCAGCCCAGCUCAGGUCUGGUGUAACAAUUCCCAGCUGCCUGUUGAUCACAUCCUGGGUGGUUCCUUUGAGACAGCCAUGCGGCUCCUCCACGACCAGGUGGGAGUGACUAAUUUUGGUCCCUACAAGCAGCUGUUCCUGCAGACCUAUGCCCGGGGCCGCACCACUUACCAAGCACUGCCCUGCCUCCCCGCCAUGUAUGGAUACCCACAUCGCAACUGGAAGGAUGCCGGGUUGAAGAAUGCCCUCCCGGUCGUCGGCCUGAAGCUCAACGACCUGAUCCAGCGCCUGCAAGUCUGCUACCAGCUCACCACGGCUGGCAAGUUCGAGGAGGCGGUGGAGAAGUUCCGCUCCAUCCUGCUGAGCGUGCCGCUGCUGGUGGUGGAUAACAAGCAGGAGAUCGCUGAGGCCCAGCAGCUGAUUGCCAUCUGCCGAGAGUACAUCGUGGGGCUGUCGAUGGAGAUAGAGAGGAAGAAGCUCCCCAAAGAGACCCUGGAGCAGCAGAAACGCACCUGCGAGAUGGCAGCCUACUUCACCCACUCCAACCUGCAGCCUGUCCACAUGAUCCUUGUGCUGCGCACUGCCCUCAAUCUCUUCUUUAAGCUCAAAAACUUCAAGACAGCUGCCACCUUCGCUCGCCGGCUCCUGGAGCUGGGCCCCAAGCCUGAAGUGUCGCAGCAGACGCGCAAGAUCCUGUCCGCCUGCGAAAAGAACCCCACCGACACCUACCAGCUCAACUACGACAUGCACAACCCCUUCGACAUCUGCGCCGCCUCCUACCGGCCUAUCUACCGUGGCAAGCCGGUGGAGAAGUGCCCUCUCAGCGGUGCCUGCUACUGCCCUGAGUUCCGGGGACAGAUCUGCCGAGUCACCACGGUGACAGAGAUCGGCAAAGACGUCAUUGGGCUGCGAAUCAGCCCACUCCAGUUCCGCUAAGGUCCUGCCCCAAGCUGGAGAGACGGGAACUUCUGCUUCCCUCUGGCUAGACCUUCAGACCUGUGACCCUGAAACCUUCAUCUUGCUUCUGCUUCUCCCUUCCUUCAUUCCAGCUCCUAAUCGAACCGCUGGAUCCUUUGCACCAGUGCUGUGAACUGUGAGAUCUGCUCUUCCCUCCCACGCCACAGUUGGCAAGCCCUGGUGAAAGUCCUGCCCCCUCCCCUGAGCGUGACAAAUAAUAACAUGGGAUCCUGGCACAAGGUGCCGUUCAUGUGGCAUACACCCCGUUAACUGGAGGCAGCAUCGCCCUCAUCAGAAGAGAACAUUCCCUCUGCCCAAGAGCAAGAAAAGCAGCAUGGCCCUGUGUAGAAUCAGGGUCACUGGAGGUGAGUUUGUCCUACGGGCAGUCGAGUCCUGAUCCAAGGUGGCUCAUGGCUGUGUGUGCCUUCCCUGAUGGGAGCAGGAAAGUGGCUCAGAAUCCCAGUGCUUUGGUUGACUUUUUUUGUCCUUAGCAGGUUUUCUCAACAUUGUCUCCUUUUCAUGUUAAUAAAGUGAAUUAACCAACCAG